AUGGAUGCAUCACAAGAUGAGAAAAUAGUACUACCUGGGCACACGCCCCGGCGAGUUAAAGUAUACCUACUAAAUGGAGAUGAUUGGAUAGACAAUGGGACAGGUUAUUGUAUUGGAGAUAUAGAUACUGAAACCAAGUGUCCGUAUUUCCUAGUACGUAGUGAGACUGAAUCAAAUCAAAUUAUAUUAAAGUCAUUUCUUGAAGGAUCCAUUCAGUUUCAACGGCAACAAGAAACUUUGAUUGUAUGGACAGAUUUAACUGGAAAGGAUCUUGCAUUAUCAUUUCAAGAGACAGAAGGAUGUGCUGAUUUAUGUGAAUUCAUUGUCAAAAUGCAACAAGCAAACUACAGUCCUAACAUUUCCUUGUACUUCGUAAUACCGAAUGCUGUCGAUGGAGAAGAUGUAACGGAAUUGAUAACGGGGCCAAUAACGUACCCUGAAGAUCCAACAGAUACAAAUUUGACAAAGAUACUAGAGGUUAUAAAUCAAGGAUCAAAUUCACAAUAUUCGCGAAACAAUAUCCUGAAAUUCAUAAUAGAAGAUAAUUAUUUCCAGAAACUAGUGGACACAUUCAACAAAGCUGAACAAUCCAAACAAUUGAAUAAUUUAUACAUAUUAAGUGAAAUUGUGAAAUCUUUGUUUCUAUAUAAUGAAAAACUAUUAGUGGAAGAUUUCCUACAAUCAGAAGAGAAAAUAUUGGCUCUUGUUGGAAUGUUAGAAUAUGAUUCGGAAUACCCUAAAUUCAAAGCAUGCCAUCGGGAUUUCCUCAAGGCAAAAUCAUUCAGAUCAGUAAUACCGAUUGAUAAAAUCAAUAUCUUCAAAAAGGAUUUCCAUUUGAAUUUCUUGAAAGAUGUGGUGCUACCUCGAGUAUUGGAUGACCAAACAUUCAAUAUGAUAUCAACGUUAAUCUACCUCAAUCAAGUAGAAAUUAUCAAUUAUUUAAAGGAUUCCCUGGUAUUGGAAUCAUUAUUCCAAAUCUACAAGACUUCAUCAAACACGGAACUUAAACGGGAUGGAGUGCAAAUGUUACAUCAAUAUAUCCUCAUUGCAAAAUCAUUGCAAUCUCAUCUCAAAUUGGGAUUCUUCUCAUUAUUGGUGAAAAGCGGGCUUUUCCGAAUGAUUAGUUUUGCAUUAAAAGAUUCUGAGGAUAAAAUCAGAGUACUAGGAACCGAGCUUAUCGUAAUUAUAAUUGAGCAAGAUGUAUCAUUAGUGCAUUCUAUCGAAAAUGAAGAAACCAUUGACAAUUCUGAACCACCGACACAUCCAGUAAUUGAAGAUAUUAAGGAAAAUGACGAAGAAGAAGCAAGUGAAAUCAAACUUAAAUUAUCUGAUGAUAUGACCUUAAUUUCCAUAUUGACUAAUCUUUUAGUUGAAGAUAGGAAUCCAGGCUUGAAAAUUCAAGCGGUGGAAGCAUUGAGGAUAUUGUUAGAUUCAAAUAUUGCCACAAGUUCAAGUAGAAAUGGAAGUGGGACCGAUUAUGAUUCUGAAGAUGAUGAUGAAUUGAAUGAUUUUAAAGAUAUAAACACUAAGAAUUAUUUCCGAGCAUUUUACACCCAGGUUGCACCUUUAUUAUUUGGAAAAUUGAUUGAGAUUGCCAAAGACGAUAAGAAUUUGCCUAUCAAGAUGUCCCACAGUGAUGAAUUAUUGUAUCAACAUUUAUGUGAUUUGAUUUCAUUUUGUACACGAGAACACAAGGUACAUAUCUCCCGUCCAUUCUUUUUGGAGAAUCAUAUAUUAUUGGGAAUUGUCAAAUUAUUAGAAGGCAAUUGCAAAAUGACAGUCAAGUUGAGUGUAUUACGAUGCUUGAAGAACAUAAUUAUCUUGAAUGAUACUUUUUAUUGUCGAUACAUAAUCAACAAUAGGAUCUUGUCGUAUUUUUUCAAGUUUUUCGAAAAUGUGGUUGAUCAAAAUACAUUGGCUAACUCGACAUGUUUGGAUUUGAUUGAAAUUAUUGUUAAGAAUUUACAAGGAGUUUCCAAGAGAUUGAACUAUAAAUUGUUGGUUAAGCAUAUUUAUAGCAAUUAUCGGGAAUUCUUUGAGACAAAGUUGAGCUUUUUCAUUACAGGAAGGGUAUUACUUCAAUUAGGUGCCAAUGGAGUGGAAACCAGACAUUUGAAAGAUGACAGUGACUAUGAGGAAGAUGACGACGACACAAAUACAAACGUUAUUCUGAAUGGAAUCAAAACUGAUGAAUUGAGUUUAUCUGAUGAUGAAAUAUUGGAGCAUAAUGCUUCGACUCCAAUCAAUGAUGAAGAUGACUUUGAAAAUGGUAGUCAAGAAGAGAGACCUGAUGACUCCAUCUCGGAGAAACGACAACGAGAAGAAACUGAAGAAGAAACAACUAAACGAAAACAAAUCAAUUGUGCGGUAAAUGUAAAUUCAGAUGAGACUACUCCGACAAUUUCAAUCAUAUCUGAUUUUUCAAAUGGUAGUCAAAAGAUUGCAUUAAGCACGGGGUCGACCAAUAUUAAUGAAGCUUAG